UUGCUGAAGGCCAUUAUGUCGGGAAUCAAGAGAGUUAUCAAGGAGAAGGAUCCAGACUAUGAGGAGAUAUCUGUCGUGCAUCCAAACAAACGCCACAAAGCGAUUGAAAACUCAGCUCGAGAUGCUGCUGUGCAGAAGAUUGAGACUAUUAUCAAAGAACAGUUUGCUGUUGAAAUGAAGAAUAAGGAGCAUGAGAUUGAAGUCAUAGACCAGCGUCUGCUGGAAGCAAGGAGGAUGAUGGAUAAACUGCGUGCUUGUAUUGUGGCUAACUACUAUGCUUCUGCAGGCCUGCUUAAAGUUUCAGAGGGUACAAAGACGUGCGAUGCCACGGUUUUUAAUCAUCCUUCGAUCAAGAAGUUUUUGGAAUCUCCGUCGAGAUCAUCGUCUCCUGCCAAUCAGAGGUCCGAAACGCCUUCUGCUAACCAUUCGGAAAGUGACUCAUUAUCUCAACAUAAUGACUUCUUAUCUGAGAAGGACAACAAUAGCAACCUGGAGAUGGAAGAGAGGCUGUCAAAUAAUGUGGACCAGAGGCUGGGCCGGAAUACCGGACAGGAUACUUCCAGCGUGAUCGGCCCCAACAAAGCAGGCCAGAGAAAUCCUAGUCUGGCAGGGGAGGAAACAUCACGCCUUUUUGUGAAGAAAACAAUAGUCGUUGGUAAUGUCUCCAAGUACAUUCCUCCUGAUAAGAGGGAAGAAAAUGACCAGUCAACACAUAAGUGGAUGGUGUAUGUCCGAGGGUCCCGAAGAGAGCCCAGUAUCAAUCAUUUUGUCAAGAAAGUUUGGUUCUUUCUUCAUCCCAGUUAUAAACCCAAUGACCUUGUGGAAGUCAGGGAGCCACCUUUUCACCUGACCAGGAGGGGUUGGGGAGAAUUUCCCGUGAGGGUUCAAAUCCACUUUAAGGAUAACCAGAACAAGCGGAUAGAUAUCAUACAUAAUUUAAAGCUGGAUAGAACGUACACUGGUUUGCAGACCCUUGGUGCAGAAACGGUCGUGGAUGUUGAGCUUCAUCGCCACUCUCUGGGAGAAGACUUCCUUUAUCCUCAGCCCGCAGAGUCGGAUGCGGCCGACCUACCCAUGUCGUUGCCUCUACCCGUGACCAUUCCGGCCCCUGUGAAAGCUUCCUCACCAAUAAAGCAAACUCACGAGGCAGUACUUGAUGCCUCAGCAGAUAAAGGAUUUCCUCCUAACGCCGAGGCUGACAGGCACACCACGUUUUACUCUUUGCCCUCUUCGAUAGAGCGGACACCCACCAAGGUGGCAACUCCCCAGAAAGUGGCCUUCGGUUCUCAUGGCAACUCAGCCUUUCAGCCAAUCGCCGCCAGUUGCAAAAUUGUGCCUCAGGGUCAGAUUCCCAGCCCGGCUGAGUCCCCAGGCAAAUCCUUCCAGCCGAUCACCAUGAGCUGCAAGAUCGUAUCAGGCUCUCCAAUAUCAACUCCGAGCCCAUCUCCUCUACCUCGCACUCCGACUUCCACUCCGGUGCACAUGAAGUCAGGUGCUGCCAGCUCUGUUCUUAAUAAUCCUUAUGUGAUCGUGGACAAGCCUGGGCAGGUCACGGGAGCACCAGCCACCAGUGCAGGAAGCCCCACAAGCAAGCUGUCCAGUGUCUCUCAGGCUCCACAGGGAACAGGUUCCCCUAUCCCAAAGAUUCAUGGAAGCAGUUUUGUAACAUCUACUGUUAAGCAGGAAGACUCCAUGUUUGCCUCGAUGCCACCCCUUUGCCCAAUUGGGAGUCAUUCUAAGGUGCAGAGCCCUAAACCUGUGACCGGAGGCCUCGGAGCCUUCACAAAGGUCAUCAUAAAACAGGAACCCGGAGAUCCCGCACACCUGCCUGCGUCUGGAGCCACCUCCCAACCUCCCCUCCCUCAGUAUGUCACCGUGAAAGGGAGUCAUGUGAUUGCCGUGUCACCCCAGAAGCAGAUAGUGGCCGCUGGAGACGGGACAGCGCCCCCCAAGGUUGUUGGCGUCCCAGUCAGUUCCGCUUUACAGUCGACAGUGAAGCAAGCUGUGGCAAUCAGCGGGGGUCAGAUCCUCGUAGCCAAGUCCGGUUCUUCGGUAGCCAAGGCCAUUGGCCCGAAGCAGGUGGUGACUCAAGGAGUAGCCAAAGCAAUCGUGAGUGGAGGCGGGGGAACCAUCGUCGCCCAGCCGGUCCAGACCUUAACCAAAGCUCAAGUGACUUCUGCUGGGGUGCAAAAGAGUGGAACCCAGAGCUCAGUGAUGGCCACACUCCAGCUGCCAGCCACCAACUUGGCAAACUUGGCGAAUUUACCUCCCGGCACUAAACUCUACCUAACCACCAACAGCAAGAACCCUUCGGGGAAAGGGAAGCUGCUGCUGAUUCCUCAAGGAGCCAUCCUGCGUGCAACCAACAGUGCUAAUCUCCAGUCCAGCUCUUCCACCAGCGCUGGGGGAGGAACGGCAGCCGGAGGAGCUGGUGGAGUCGGGCCUCAGAGCACCAGUAGUAGCGGCGUGUCUCAGCACCUGACUUACACAUCCUACAUCCUCAAGCAGACUCCCCAGGGAACGUUUUUAGUUGGCCAACCAUCACCUCAGACAUCUGGCAAGCAGUUGGCAACUGGGUCUGUGGUUCAGGGGAGCUUGGGAGUCAGCACGUCUUCCAGUCAAGGACAGCAGACACUAAAAGUUAUUUCGGGCCAAAAAACCACUUUAUUUGCACAGGCGACUCCCAGUGGCCAAGCAUCAUUGGUAAAACUCUCCGACGGCGCACUGAAGUCCGUGCCAGCCACCUCGCAGCUGUCCAAGCCUGGGACCACCGUGCUGAGAGUCGCAGGAGGGGUGAUCACUGCCGCCACCUCGCCCGCCGUGUCACUCUCUGCCAAUGGCGUUGCCCAGCAGCAGGCAGAAGGUGCAGCUUCCAGUUCAUCUUCUACUGUAGGUACUGGGAUGAAAACCUCUGGGCAGCAGCAUCAACUUUGCAUAAGUCAAGGGCAGACGGGAGCUGUGGUAGCCAGCAAAGCCGGAACCCCCACUGUUAUAAGUGCCACAUCGCUGAUGAGCACCCCUACCGCAGUGUCUGGCAAAGCUGCCGUUUCAGGAUUAUUAAAGAUCCACUCCAGUCAGUCCAAUCCCCAGCCGGCUCUGCUCACGAUUCCCAGCCAACUCAAACAGCUAAGUGUGAACACCGCCUCCGGAGGGGUCCAGACCAUCCUGAUGCCCGUGAAUAAAGUCGUACAGUCGCUAUCAGCUAGCAAGUCCCCUGUGGUCCCAUCUGUAGCUGUGGUGAGCACCGCUGCCUCCAGCUCCACCCCAGCAACAGCUGCUAAAGUGAAGACAGAGCCAGAAACAACAGCUGGAUCAAAUGGCAACUUGCAUGUCUCUCAGGAUGGUCACACCACAGUGAAAACAGAAGAAAGUUCCGAGUUAGGAAAUUACACGAUCAACACAGAACAUUUAGAGAACAUCCAACAACUUUUAACAGCAAUAGUAAAAAAAAUCCCGUUAAUCACGCGAAAAGGUGAAGAUGCCAAUUCCUUCUGUGCAAAUUCAGUGGAGCAAUAUUAUAGCUGGAACAUUGGGAAACGGAGAGCAGCUGAGUGGCAACGAGCAAUGACGAUGAGAAAAAUCUUACAAGAGAUCCUGGAGAAGAACCCCCGAUUUCACCAUUUGACGCCCCUCAAAACCAAACACGUUGCACACUGGUGCCGUUGCCAUGGUUACACGCCACCUGACCCAGAGAGCAUGAGAAACGAGGAGGACUCUAUAGAGGAUGUGCUUACUCAAAUAGACAGUGAGCCAGAGUGUCCGUCAUCAUUCUCCACUGCCAAUGAUCUCUGCCAAAAGCUGGAGGAGAUGCAGCAGUUUCAGAAAAGGGAACCGGAUAAUGAUGAGGAGGUGGAUAUCCUAAAUUUUACGGAGCCACUGAAAAUACACAUCAAAAAAGAACAGGAAGAGAAACAAGAUGAAAUGAAAUUCUUCUUGGCAUCAGUACCAGCAUCUGAAUUUGUCAGCGAGACCACCCAGAAGAUAGGAAUUUCUCUGCAACCCGUGGAGCUCCACAAGAACGUGUACGCGUCGGCUAUCGAGGAUAUGAUUUUAAAGGCCACUGAGCAGUUGGUGAGUGAUAUUCUGAGACAAGCGUUGGCAGUGGGAUACCAGACAGCUUCUCACAACAGGACUCCAAGAGAGAUUACCAUCAUGAAUAUUCAUCAAGCCAUCUGUAACAUUCCCUUUCUUGACUUCCUCACAAACAAACACAUGGGGAUAUUAAAUGAAGAACAGUGAACGAAGAUAACCCAGAAAGGCAAGAUUUAAAGACUGUACCAUAACAAAAAUCUGUGGACUGUACCAAUUCUACCUUCUCAGGAUGGAUGCUAUUCUUCUGCAUAUACACUUAAUAACAUUACUAGAUCAUUUUUGCUUCCUAAACAAGCACCUUAAUGGAACGAAGGAGUGCUGUUACACAUCACACUUUUAGACUUCUGAUGGUAAAUGAAAUAUUAUUAGUCAAUUGGCUUAUUUUUUCAUUGUUGGCAUGCAGACUGGAAAAUAAGGCAGGAACAAAAUCAAGAUGACCGGAUUUGUUUUUGGUCAUCCUGGCACUGAUUCUGUUCCUUGACAUCUCCCACUAUGAAUUCUUUGGAGAGGGUUACUUGCUAGAGACAGCUAUUCAAGGCUCCAUCUUCAUGGUGAAGAUUCCACCUUGAGCAGUAGCAGCUAAUCAAAGUGAGUUUGGAGGGAGUUGAUAUUUUUAUCCAUCAAUUCCUGGGCCUAUUCUCUGUCCCACAACUCUUUCCCUGGCUACUUCUCAAGGAGAAAUCUGCAACAAGAGAACACCAAAUUUGCGUUUUUCUCUCUCUUUGCAGAGACGUGGCCACUGCAGGGAUUUUAAGCCACAUUAGGAUAUGGAAAUCACGUUGGAGGCAGACAAAGGAGGUAAUGACCCGGAGACAAGUAGACAUUUAAGGGAAGGCCACAGAGUAUUGUCUCAGUGAAAAUGAACUUGCCAAAGUUCUGUCCCUGUGGAGAACGUGACCAUAUCCUGUCCUUUAGAGAAGGCUCCGAGACAGAGAGAAAACUCCCCCCAGUAAACCUCCCACCAGCAAUGGAAUGGUCGGGAAUAGACAGCACUUCAGAAUCCUGGCAACCACGAAAAGGCUAAGCUGCCUUUAAGGAUAAAUGUGUUGCCUCCCACAUGAGGUUAGUUUGCAUUGCUCUGUGAUGUCUUCUACCUUGCACUACCAUGUUGGCAGAAAAAUCCACAGGAUGACUGGCUGAUGGGCUCCGUGGUUGAGGAUAAUAAAUCACCCUUUCCCAGACAGUCGGUUUAGCCGAGUGGCAAUCCCUCAGACCCAGUGUGUCGGGAUUGCUUUGCCUGCAGUGAAAACAACAGGAGAAAGGCAGGCGUGUGAGCAGCCUCUCCAGUCCCAAACCAGGAAGGGGUAGUCCCCUGGAGCAGAGAGGAAAAGAAACCUUUUCACGGAAAGGUAAGAGCGGUAACAAAUAAAUGCAGAGCAGGGGUACCAAAUUAUGAAAAGCCCCUAAGUAAUGAGAAGCAGCAUGGCUCAGUGGAAAGAGCACGGGCUUUGGAGUCAGAGGUCAUGAGCACUGCCAUGACCCAGCUCUGCCACUUGUCAGCUGUGUGACUGUGGGCAAGUCACUUAACUUCUCUGUGCCUCAGUUACCUCAUCUGUAAAAUGGGGAUUAAGACUGUGAGCCCCACGUGGGACAACCUGAUUCCCCUGUGUCUACCCCAGCGCUUAGAACAGUGCUCUGCACAUAGUAAGCGCUUAACAAAUAACAUUAUUAUGGUGUUCUGUGCCCUGCAGGAAUGGAUGGGUCAGUAAGGGUGAGAGGACCCAGGACGCCUUGCCUUUCUUUUCUAACUUUCACGCCAGUGACGGUGGGAGGGGGGUUGUGUUGAGAGAACAGAGAAUGAAGCCGUUAGAGAAGACAUUCCAGCAUGGCAGCAUUUGCUCCGUCACCCUGUUUGUUGCUGAUCCCUUCUCCGGGAGGUGGAGGGAGUCGAAGAGAUGAAAAUUCGAUUCAGCAGAGAAUGUGGUAUUGUAUCCUGAACUACUAAUGGCAUUUAACUUGACUCAAAUUGUCAUCCUUUUUCUUAAGCACCCAGAACAGAUCUUUUUUGAGAUUUAAAAUGUAAAAGCAUUUAUAUAAGAUGAUCUGUGAAAUUGAAUUCUCAGCCAGGGAAGACCUGCCCCUGCUACAGAGAUGAAUAAAAUCAGAUGAGCUAAGACCAUGAAUAAUUGAAUAAUUCCAAGAAAAGUGAUUUAGCCCUUCAGAUGUAUUUGUAUUAUAGUGUAUAAUAUAUGUGUGUAACAUAUGUCUACAAUAAAUUUUCUUUUCAUAUACAUAA